UGUGGGGGUUUCUAGAGGAACAGCGACACGCUUUUCUCCGUUAUCAAGGGUUUCCCUCGCAGACAGUGCGGAAAAUGCUGACGUUUGGAAUCACUUCCCCCCUGUGGCUUAUGGUGCUGGCUGUGGGUCUGUCCACCGCGGCGCGGGAGGGGGACGUGAGGCUGGUGGGGGGGAAGCUGUCCUCUGAGGGCCGUGUGGAGGUGUACCACAGCGGGACGUGGGGCACGGUGUGCGACGACAGCUGGGACCUGGCCGAGGCGCAGGUGGUGUGCCGUCAGCUCCGCUUCCCCGGGGCGCAGUCUGUCGUCCUGGGAGGGACCUACGCGCAAGGGUCCGGCUACAUCUGGUUGGACGACAUGGACUGCAAGGGGACGGAGACCUCCCUGUCGAGCUGUCGUUUCAAAGGCUGGGGAGUCACAGACUGCUCUCACAGCGAAGACGCGGGAGUCGUCUGUGAGAGAAACACGGCAGUGAAUGACAACCGCCUGUUCCCGGUGGACCACAGCCUGGGCCUGUCGGAGGACCUGGGGGCGCUGUUCGACAGUGGACGGGGCUGUGACCUCACCAUCAUCGUGCGCAGUCCUGAAGGGGACCCCGACAAGGAGAUAGUCUGCGCCCACAGGCUGGUCCUCUCCCUCAACCCCGACGCCUCCUUCUUCAACCACACCCAGGGCUCCAAAAACCUGACCAUGGAGGUCAGCCAGGACUGCCGCCCCUACGUCACGCCCUUCCUCAGGUACCUGUACACCCGCCAGAUCGACAUCUCCGCCUCGUCCGCCCAGUGCCUCCACAAGCUGGCCUCUGACCUGGGCGUGGAGAGGCUGCGGGAUGAGGCGGGGCAGCUGUUCGGCCUGCUGCUGCCGGGGGACGCCUCGUUCCACACCCCGGCGUUGCUGUACGAGUACGCGGUGCAGACGGAGGACCUGCCGCUGCAGGAGACCUGUCUGCAGUACCUGGCGUGGAACUGCGAGGCCCUGAUGGCGUCGCCGGCGUGGGCCCAGCUGUCCCGCCACGCCCUGGAGGCCCUGCUGUCCCGCUCCGACGUGGCAGUGCCCAGCGAGGCCGCGCUCCUCCAGGGGGUGGAGGGCUGGAUUCGGCAGCAAGGCAACUCCUCCGGCCUGGAGGGCGAGGCCGCCCUGCUGCGUCUGGUCCGCUUCCCCAUGAUCCCCGCCGAGCAGCUGUACGAGCUGGAGUUCACCUCCGACCUGUACAAGCGGCACACAGAGCUGUACCGUGCCAGCAUGCUGCGGGGCUUCCAGUUCAACGCCCUCACCCUCGCCCAGCUGCGGAGGCACCUGGACACUAGCAGGCAGGAGUUCUCCCCCAGGAUCUACACCGGCGCCCCCUGGAGCCUCACCAUCAACUCCACCGACUACCGCAUCAGCUACGGCAGAAGGCAGCACCAGCCUUACGGAUACAAUCAAUACGGCGGUUACUACAGCAACAGCCGCAGCUUCAGUACCCCGGUCCACAGCAGCGCCAUCCUCCAGACCCGCACCGCGAGCUGGUUGGCGAGCGUCUUUCAGAGCCGGCAGGAGUGCUCCAACAGCGGGUUCCGGUGCGACUCGGUGCCGGCGGCCAGGCUGUCCUCCCAGAGUGGGCUGGGUGACCUCCGGAGCAGCAUGCGCUUCAGCAACCGGGUCCUCAUGGCCUGCGGCGGCGGCGGCAGCGACUACGUCUUCCACGUCCAGGACUUCAAGAACGACCUGGCCCUCAUCCCUACCAACAGCAGCGUGGGGCAGACGUACCCCUGCUACGAGGACACCUACAGCUACCGCUUCGUGGUGCGUCCCGAGUACGUCUGACAGCACUCCCCCCACCACCCCUCCACCC